AAGUGAAAGUAGAAUGAGUAGAUGAAGUAACGUGACAGAUGUCAAAUUUCUACAAACAAUCUUCAGAAAGAUGAAGUAUUUUAUUGGAAUUAUAGCUCUGUUAUGGAUGGUUUCUUAUACAAAGGCACAAUCAUAUGAAGACAAAAGAUGUAAAUGUAUCUGUCCUAGUAUUUCUUCUGUAACAAACAGAACUGAAACAGCUGAUACAUCCAGAAUUUUAUAUAUAGCUAAUGUCCCUCCGAAUUUAUGUAAUUGUGUUGGUGUAAUACUACCCAGAAUCGGGGAAGGGAUAGCUGGAAAAGAACAAGAGUUUUGCCCUCGAUGUGAAUGUAAAUAUGAAAAUCGAAAUACUACUAUCAUCAAAGUAGUUGUUAUUAUUGUUAUUUGGGUUAUCUCCAUUCUUGUCAUAUAUAUGGCAUUUUUAAUAAUAUUGGAUCCACUUUUAAAUAAAAGAAUUAAAGGCAGUUAUCAAGAACAUACAAACGAAGAAGAUGAAAUCAGUGCCGGACCGAUGUCACAUAAUAUGAGUGUAAGGGGUAAUGUUCUAAACAGGGUUGGACAUCAACAGGACAAAUGGAAGAGGCAGGUUAAAGAGCAGCGUCGUAAUAUUUAUGAUCGCCACACUAUGUUAAAUUAACGUCUUUUUAAAAUCAGAUUAUUAAUUAAUGAAUAUAAUGACUACAGUACUUUUAAGGAAAUAUACUUGGUAAAAUGAGGAACAAUUUAAUGAUGUUGUCUAUUUUAUGUGAUUUAAAGAUUGCAAGUAUGUAAAAAGUAUUGUUAUAAAUAAUUGAUGUGAUUAUAUAAUUUUCUUACAC